CACUCGAAGCCUUUGUCUCUUUAAAAACAACAGUUUACUCAAUAUGGCUUCAGGAGCAGCCAUCAAACGAUCGGAGUCCAUAGCUGAGAGCAUGCCGGAAGCCCUGAGGCAGAGCCGGUACCAUAUGAAGAGAUGCUUUGCCAAGUACAUUGAGAAAGGAAAAAGGAUAAUGAAGCUUCCCCAUUUGAUGAGUGAAAUGGAGACAGUCAUAGAUGACAAGGUUGAAAGAAACCAAGUCUUGGAGGGAGUGCUUGGCUAUAUAUUGUGUUCAACUCAGGAAGCUGUUGUUAUUCCUCCAUUUGUUGUCUUUGCCAUAAGACCAAAUCCAGGGUAUUGGGAAUUUGUUAAAGUCAGUUCUGAGGAUCUCUCAGUUGAGUCCAUCACUGUCAGAGACUACUUGAAAUUCAAAGAAACUUUAUAUGAUGAGAAAUGGUCAAAUGAUGAAAAUACAUUGGAGGUGGAUUUUAGAGCAAUUGACUUCUCAACUCCUCACUUAACUCUAUCUUCCUCUAUUGGAAAUGGACUCAAUUUUGUUUCCAAGUUCACCAGUUCAAAGCUAGCUGGGAGAUUGGAGAAUGCACAGCCCCUUGUGGAUUAUUUACUUUCACUAAAUCAUGAAGGAGAAAAUCUUAUUCUAAAUGAGAACCUCAACACUGCUUCAAAGCUUCAGACGGCACUGAUUGUAACAGAAGUGUACCUCUCAGCACUCCCCAAAGACAUGCCGUUCCAAAAUUUUGAACUAAGGUUCAAGGAGUGGGGCUUUGAGAAGGGGUGGGGAGAUACCGCAGAAAGAACUAAGGAGACAAUGAAACUACUUUCAGAAGUACUACAAGCUCCAGACCCAUUGAACUUGGAAAGGUUUUUCAGCAGACUUCCUAUAAUAUUCAAUGUUGUAAUAUUCUCUCCUCAUGGCUACUUUGGCCAAGCAGAUGUUCUUGGCUUGCCAGACACCGGUGGGCAGGUAGUAUAUAUUCUGGAUCAAGUGCAAGCUCUGGAAGAGGAACUGCUCCUCAGAAUUAAGCAACAAGGGCUUACUGUGAAGCCUCAAAUUCUUGUGGUAACAAGACUCAUACCUGAAGCAAAGGGAACUAAGUGCAACCAGGAGUUGGAACCAAUCAAUGGCACCAAGUACUCUAACAUUCUUAGGGUGCCAUUUAGGACAGAAAAGGGGAUCCUACGGCGCUGGGUUUCUCGUUUUGACAUCUAUCCCUACCUUGAAUUGUUUGCACAGGAUGCUUCUGCAAAAGUCCUCGACAUUAUGGAAGGAAAGCCAGAUCUUAUUAUUGGAAACUAUAGUGAUGGGAAUUUAGUGGCGUCUCUCAUGGCUAGUAAACUGGGGAUUACUCAGGCAACUAUUGCUCAUGCUUUGGAGAAGACCAAAUAUGAAGAUUCAGACAUCAAGUGGAAGGAAUUAGAUCCUAAGUAUCACUUCUCAUGCCAAUUUCUUGCUGACACAAUUUCAAUGAAUGCCACAGAUUUUGUCAUAGCAAGCACAUACCAGGAAAUUGCAGGAAGCAAAGACAGACCAGGACAAUAUGAAAGCCAUACUGCAUUUACACUGCCAGGGCUCUGUAGAGUUGUUUCAGGCAUCAAUGUAUUUGAUCCCAAAUUUAACAUUGCUGCACCAGGGGCCGAUCAGUCUGUCUAUUUCCCCUAUACAGAGAAGCAGAAACGGCUGACAUCAUUUCAUCCUGCCAUCGAAGAACUGCUGUAUAGUAAAGAGGAUAACAGUGAACAUAUAGGAUUUCUAGCAGACAGGAAGAAACCUAUCAUCUUCUCAAUGGCAAGGCUCGACACUGUUAAAAACAUUACUGGUUUGGUUGAGUGGUAUGGGAAAAACAAGAGGCUGAGAAAUUUGGUCAACCUUGCUGUAGUUGGGGGGUUCUUUGACCCUUCAAAAUCAAAAGAUAGAGAAGAAAUUGCAGAAAUAAAAAAGAUGCAUACACUGAUAGAAAAGUACCAGCUUAGGGGCCAGAUCAGAUGGAUAGCUGCACAGACUGAUAGGAACCGAAAUGGAGAACUCUACCGUUGUAUUGCUGACACAAGGGGAGCUUUUGUGCAACCUGCCCUCUAUGAAGCUUUUGGUCUUACUGUCAUAGAGGCAAUGAACUGUGGACUGCCGACCUUCGCAACCAACCAAGGAGGCCCAGCUGAAAUCAUUGUGGAUGGGAUCUCCGGUUUCCAUAUUGAUCCCAACAACGGUGAUGAAGCAAGCAACAAAAUCGCUGAUUUCUUCGAGAAGUCCAAGACUGAUGCUACAUACUGGGACAGGUUUUCAAAAGCAGGUUUGCAACGAAUUUACGAAUGCUACACUUGGAAGAUAUAUGCAAACAAGGUGUUGAACAUGGGGAGCACUUAUACUUUCUGGAGGCAGUUGAACAAAGAGCAGAAACAAGCUAAGCAAAGAUACAUCCAGAUGUUCUUUAAUCUCCAGUAUCGGAACUUGGUGAAGAAUGUGCCCAUCCCAAGUGAUGAGGCUGAACAACCAGUGCCAAAGCCAACUGCCAAAUCACAGCCCACACCAAGCGCAAGACGCUCACAGUCUCGAUUGCAAAGGUAAAGAGAUGUUUGGAGCCUAAAUUAAGGUCAAACAAGGGAGCCUGAUUGAAAUUGCAAUUUGAGCUACCCAGCAGCGUUUCCAACAACAUUCCAUAUUAUACAUUUACAAAGAAGAAUAAUUGUUGUGUGAUCAAUAAAAGAUGAAGAUUUGUUUGUAUGUAAUACCAAAAUUACAGUUUGUGAGGUUUUCAA